CUGUGAAAUGAACCCAUCACGCUACCCUCGUUUCCAGACCUUUAUGCAAAACCGUGCUUCUGUAUUAUUUAAAUAUUGAGCCAUUAUUCGUAUCCGACCAAUAGUAUUAACUCCAAAAAAUAGACAGCGGCUACGGUGGCCUAUCCGUUCUCAUUUUUGUUGAAUAACUUUGCGCUGUCUACAAUAAUUGACAGAUGGCGGACUUUUGACUUUGACAGAUUAGAAACAUGACCGAGCAGAUUAUGACUUUUACCACUUACAGUAGGGUUGUCGGCAAUUGAUGAAUUUCAAUUUUGUGCUUUACAAAUCUGAUUAGCUAUUGAUAGAAGUUGCUAGUUAAUUUCGAAUACGGUUUUUGUUAAAUAGUCGUUAACAAUUUAAAAGAAUGGGCGGAAAAAAGGUGGAAGCCAAGGGAAAUUCCAGUGAUGACAAAAAUAAAAGUGAUAUGUCUGAUGAAGAUAAACAACUUCAGGAAGAAUUGAAUCUUUGUGUUGAAAAACUUCAGGAAAGUGAUGAAAAACUCUACUUGGCCGCUUUACAAGCAUUAGGAAAUCAUAUUCGUGCCUCAACUACAUCUAUGACCUCAGUUCCAAAACCAUUGAAAUUCAUGAAACCUCACUAUGAUACUAUGAAACAAAUCUAUGAAAAAAUUACUGAUCCCGAAGUCAAGAAAUUAUGUGCUGAUAUAAUUUCUGUAUUAGCAAUGACGAUGGGAGAUGGUAGAGAAUGUUUGAAAUACCGUCUUGUAUCUGACUUAGAUAAAAUUGGAGAAUGGGGACAUGAAUAUGUUAGGCACUUGGCAGGAGAAAUUGCAGGUGAAUGGGGAGAGACAGACUUCAUAGUGAACACUGAAAUCAGAGAUAAACUAAUUCUAUUAACUAAACAGAUAGUGCCCUACAAUAUGGCACAUAAUGCCGAGGCUGAAGCUUGUGAUCUCUUGAUGGAAAUUGAAAGACUGGAUUUACUAGAACAAUAUGUUGAUGAAAAUAUUUAUUCAAGAGUCUGCUUAUACCUUACAAGUUGUGUUCCUUAUGUAGCUGAUCCAGAAAAUACCACUCUACUUCAAACUGCUCUAUUAUUAUUCAGAAAAUUUAAACAAUAUCCACAAGCUCUUAGAUUAGCUAUGCAAUUAAAUGACCAUAAUUUGAUUGAAGAAAUAUUUGUAUGCUGCCCAGAUAGUGAUGUUCAGAAACAGUUAGCAUUCAUGUUAGCAAGGCAACAAAUUUAUAUAGAAAUUCCUGAAAACACUCCAGAGUAUGAAGAUCUCAUUGAAAUAAUGGCAAACUGUCAUUUAAAUAACCAUUUUUUGAACCUUGCUCGUGAGUUGGAUAUUAUGGACCCAAAAACUCCUGAAGAUGUUUAUAAGUCACAUUUAGAAAAUAGUCGACCACCAUUUGGUGGAAGUCAAGUCGACUCUGCUAGGCAAAAUUUGGCCGCUAGUUUUGUGAAUGGCUUCGUAAAUGCCGCUUUUGGUCAAGAUAAACUCUUAAUGGAAGAUGGAAAUAAAUGGCUGUAUAAAAAUAAAGAACAUGGAAUGCUAAGUGCUACAGCCUCACUUGGACUUGUCCUAUUAUGGGACGUAGAUGGUGGUCUCACUCCUAUAGACAAAUACCUGUACUCUUCAGAAGAUCACAUAAAAUCUGGAGCAUUACUUGCCUGUGGUAUUGUCAAUUGUGGUGUGAGGAAUGAAUGUGACCCAGCUUUGGCUCUUUUGAGUGACUAUGUUCUGCAUAACACCAACAUUAUGAGAAUAGGUGCAAUCGUGGGUUUAGGUUUGGCUUAUGUAGGUUCAAAUAGAGAAGCAGUUAUAAGUUUACUUACACCUGUUUUUUCUGAUCCUAAGUCGAGUAUGGAAGUUAUUGGUAUGUGUGCUCUUGCAUGUGGUAUGAUAGCAGUAGGAUCUGGCAAUCCAUUUGUUACAUCUACCAUUUUACAAUGUCUUAUGGAAAAAUCUGAGACUGAAUUAAAAGAUACAUAUUCCAGAUUUUUGGCAUUGGGUCUAGGUUUGUGCCAUUUGGGUAGACAAGAAGGAAUUGAUACAAUUGUUAUGGCAUUACAAGUAAUACCUGAUCCUUUUAGAUUAAUGGCUAUAACAAUGGUUGAUAUAUGUGCUUUUGCCGGAACAGGAAAUGUUCUUAAAGUUCAACAUUUAUUGCAUAUAUGUUCAGAACAUUAUGAUACUACUGAAAGCACAGAUAAAACUUCAAAAGAUAAAGAUAAAAAAGAAAGUGAGAAAGAUAUGUCUGCUAGGCAAGCUGUAGCCGUUUUAGGUAUAGCUUUGAUUAGUAUGGGUGAAGAUAUUGGUAGUGAAAUGGCCUUCCGUACUUUUGGGCAUUUAUUAAGAUAUUGUGAACCUGUAAUACGACGUGCUGUUCCGUUAGCUCUUGGUUUAAUAUCAGUUUCCAAUCCCAAACUAAGCAUCCUUGAUACCUUGAGUAAAUUUUCGCAUGAUAGUGAUGCUGAAGUGGCUCACAACGCUAUAUUUGCCAUGGGUUUAGUAGGAGCUGGAACUAACAAUGCAAGAUUGGCAGCUAUGUUAAGACAGUUGGCACAAUAUCAUGCGAAGGACCCUAAUAACUUAUUUAUGGUUCGUAUAGCUCAGGGUCUUACACAUCUUGGUAAAGGAACUUUAACUCUUAGUCCUUACCAUAGUGACAGGCAGUUGAUGAGUCCAGUAGCUGUGGCAGGAUUAAUGGCAACUUUGAUAGGAUUUCUAGAUGUCAAAAAUAUUAUAUUGGGACGAUCACACUACUUAUUGUACACUUUAGCAGCAGCAAUGCAACCAAGAAUGCUUGUAACAUUUGAUGAAGAUUUAAAUCCCCUACCAGUACCUGUCAGAGUUGGUUUGGCUGUAGAUGUGGUUGGUCAAGCAGGUAAACCAAAAACAAUUACAGGGUUCCAGACCCAUACGACUCCAGUUCUUUUGGCAUAUGGAGAACGAGCUGAGCUUGCUACAGAGGAAUAUAUUGCACUAACUCCAAUUAUGGAAGGUUUUGUAAUAUUAAGAAAAAAUCCUGAUUUCAAUUCUUAAAUUUAUCUAUGUUAAAAUAUAUUUAAAUAAGGAUUUCAUUUAAGUUGUAGUUACUAACUUUUUAUAAAUAAACUGAUUUAAAACUGAAAA